AUGUUGCAAGCUGCCGAGCAACACGAGCAGAGGGGACAGACAAAAAGACAACAUCGAUCAAUCAAUACAAUCAAUCAUCAUCCCAUACAUCAUAUCCAAAACCCAUCAUUCAUCUCAGGAAGCCUAGAAACAAUGACGCAUUCCGCCGCGCAUUGGUCUAAAAGCUUGGUCCAUUCCUCGUCCGUUAGUGGGGCACGGCUGACUGGUUGCUUACGGUCUAAUCCUAGCCGGCUUGACUUGACUUGCUUGUUGGAAAGUUUGAUUUUCACAGGUAUCCACACGUUUCGUGUCGCGAAAUAUCGGACUUGGUUCUGCCCCCCUUUCUUCAUUGGAGGCUUAUUCGAGGGAAUCGGAUACGCCGGCCGCGCCGCUGCCCAUGACAACCUCGAGAGUACGACACCCUACAUUGUCCAAUCCAUCCUCAUCCUUAUCGCUCCAAUUCUCUUCGCAGCCUCCAUCUACAUGAUCCUCGGUCGUCUCAUACUACGCACCAACUCCGGAUCUCUCUGCAUCCUCGGACCGUCCUGGGUCACCAAGAUCUUCGUUGGCGGCGAUGUUCUCUGCUUUCUCAUACAAUGGGGCGGUGCUGGAAUGCUUGUUCAAGCCACCGACGCCAACGCGGUUAAUCACUGGAAGAUAGGAUCACGGCAGCGUCGACAGAGAUACCCUGGAAGCGGUACAUUUUUUUGCUUGUAUGCAGCCAGUACUUUUAUCACCGUUCGAAAUACUGGCCGUGUUAUUGAGUAUGCUACAGGCAGAGAUGGCUACCUUUUCACACAUGAAUGGUGCCUCUACGUCUAUGACUUUAUCCCUAUGAUGCUGACCCUCUUCGUCUGCAUCGCCUGGUAUGACCCUAACAUCCACCCCAACAGCGAGAAAACCGACAUCGACAUGGGUAUUCUACGCUAA